UGGGGAGGCAAUACCGAAAGAGCAUCCUAGACUAGCUCAUAGAAUCCGCUGCUUGUGUUAGGAUAGGGCUCAAGCUUCUUCGGAGGGAUUUGUUUACUUCGACAGCUAGUGCCAGGUUUGGAUAUGUGUGCACUUGAAAUAUCUCCCCAUUGGACGACGAUUGCCCCGUUUCCUCUUACUUCAGGAGCAUUUCUCGCCCCCCUUACCGUGCGCAAGUCAGUAAGCCAAGUUAAUUCAGUAGCAACUCUGCGCCUCUUCGCACCGCCACUCCUGACUGUAAUUGAAGCUACUUCUUACUUCUCUCCGCCGAAGAUCUCGCACCCGCGGCGCCCCCUUACGUUCCCUUCGCCACCCAUCUAACCCUAAUAGUCGGCAAUGGAGGGCGGCCCUAGCGUUCAAACGAGCCACAUCCCGCCGAGCAAGCCCGCGCUUCUUCUCGACCUGCGGCUCAGCACCGCGUCGGACGACCUGCAGCCCGCCCGCUGUGCCCUCAGCAAUUCCCCCUGGCACGCCGCUAUGCCCUUCGCGGAGGGGGCCGCGCGGAAAGUUGAUUUUCUGCGCGUUGACGCGGACAGGCGCGGGUCGCUGGAGAUUGAGGAGGUGUGGGACGAGGCGGACGAGGCGGAGGAGGAGGAUGAAGGGGGGGAUAUGUUGGACGUGGACGCAUACCUCGGGCGGCGGUUGACGCGCGAGCCCAGCUUCAGCAUCGAGGACGCCGCGCUGUACGGCUUGCCAGAGGAAGUGGCGAUUCCGCGCCCGGCGUCAGCGCGAUUCUCUUCAAGCGACAGCGAGGCAGCGGCGCUGCGACUGGCCGUGAUGGAGGCGGAGGUGAACAUCGUGAUGGAGACGAACCGCCUGGUGUCCGCCAUCAAGUGCCACCUCACCUCCCCCUGCUCCACCAUCCCCCCCCGCUCCCCCUCCUCCGCCCUCGGUAGCACCACCUCCCCUUCCCCGUCCCGGACCUCCUGGGACUUCCGCUCGUUUUCCUCCCCCGCGUCCACCCCCUCCGCCUCCGCCUCCGCGUCCGCCUCCACGCUGCACCCCGUUCUUCUCUCCCCCUGGGGCCGGAGAGCCCCCUCCGCGUCCCCCACCUCUGCCUGGGCCUCUAGAGUGCCAGAGGAAGAGCCUGUGCCUGAUUCUCCCUUUGCUGCUCGCACCAUCUCGCGCUCCCUCACCGCCAAUUCCCUCCCGCAGUCCCACUCGUCCCGCAUCACGCGCUCGCACACCUCUUCAUGCGACCGGCUUCCGGUGAGCUCCAUGCUGGUGGGGAGCGAGGCUCGUACCACGGAUUCCAAUGCCGAUCGCCUGCCGCUUGCUGUCAUGGAUGCCAGUGUUCUCGAGCGAAAGGCCUCGCAAACGCGCCUGCCAGCUAUGGCGAGUGGUACGGGUUCGCCGGUGAUUAGGAUGCUGGGGGCGCUGAGGCGGCAGAUGAGUUUACCCAGCAGUCAAAGGUUGCAAAACAAGACCAGUAAGCACAGAAGGGGGGUUAGUCAUAAAGAGGAGGAUUUUUUUGCCGAAUUGCAGGCUCUGAAAUGUUGAGGAACACAUGAGCGUGUUUUUUGUUUUGUUUGGAGUCUGGUUGAGGAACACAGUAGAAAAAUAAAUCAGGCAGUGAUGUUACAGGUAUCACUCAAAGAUUUGAAGUAAUUCAG